UCUCAUGAUCCGAGGAGUUGUCGCCCAAUGUGGCGGACCCAGUUGCUGAAAAAUCGGAGGCGACAAAGCCGGCUGAAUCUGAUGCAGUCUCGGCUCAAUUCGACUCAACAGGUGCAGAAGAUGAAAAUGCUAGCGCAGAUGAAUGUGAUCUUUUCUCUGGGGAUUGGAUUCCACAUCGGUCUAGUCCAGUUUAUACCAAUCAGAGCUGCUCCUUCAUCGAGACUCGCCAAAACUGUAUGGGGAAAUGGGAGGCCGGAUAAAGGGUAUUUGUACUGGAGGUGGAAACCGGGGAACUGCGAAUUGCCAACAUUCAAUGGGCAGAGGUUUCUCCAGUUUACGAGGAACAAGGCAUGGACAUCGAUCGGUGAUUCGAUUUCUCGUAACCAGGUGCAGUCUUUGCUAUACAUGCUUUCAACUUUUGGUCCUUACGUGCUGAUAUAUUAG